AUGAAACUCCUCACAAGAAACAGGACACCGUCUCCAUUUUACACCAGGUCUGCUGUCUCUCCAUGGGAUCGCCGGUGGAUCUGGCUGCGCUGGUUGGGGUAUCUUGCCUGUCUGGUCACCGUUCUCCAGACUAGCUCAUGUCUCUUUGGGUACCCGGAGACAAAUCUUAUGACUGCCUAUACUUCGUUACGUGGCCCCGGGAUUCUUCGACCCGGUCAGUAUCAUGGAACUGUUGGUGUGUGGGACAGGGUAGCAGACGAAGAUUCACCUGAGCCGGAUUCGUUGGGCAUAGCACAUGAUCGGAGAGACAAGCGAUUCUAUCAGGGCGGUACCUUAACCCUAACCAGUAUCGAGUCCGUCAAUGCCUCACACCCAGUCCCACUUAUCUACGAUCCAUACCCGGCCUACAACAGCCGAGAAUGGAAGACGCAGUUCCAUGGAAAGUUCCAGCCCUGCCUUGGCCCCAGAGGUCGUUAUCUCGACCGCCGGUCUGCAGAAGACAUGAUACAAGUCUACAAGGGCCAACAAGCCGAGUUCCCAGCACCACGAUUCGGAUCAUACGAGGCAUUGGGUCUAGAUGGAAACGUUUGCACGGACCGGUACUCCCGCUUCGGGGCAUAUGGAUACGACGACGAUGGCGAGGACGAGGUACCGGGCUUCACGCGUCCUCCCGCUGUGCCGUGGUGCGAGGUUGAUUGGGACAGGCUGCAAAAUAUGUGCCUGGAACGAAACGCAGACAGAUACGAAUCCAUCGAGACUGCGAACUCCUCGAACCCGAGCCCAUUAGCCUUCGAUCUUCCCCAGGAACCUCACAAAUCAGGGAAGUCACCUGCGGCUGCUUCAGGUGUGAAGUGGUUCCAUCCUCGCUCCGCUGUAUUGAUUCGGGUGUGGAAUGGGCUCAAUUGGAAGCCUCACCACCGUGAAUACCUUCGGGCUUUGAUUAUGGAACUUUCCUUGCAUUCUGGUGGGGAGUAUCAAAUCUAUCUCUUGUGUCAUGUCAAGGAAAACGAGAUGCCCAUAUUUUCUGAUAUCAAGACUAUCAACCGGCUUAGGAAUGCUAUCCCUAAGGAAUUUCGGAAUAUGGCUCUUUUCUUCAACAACAAACUCUUGGAAGCUUGGUAUCCGAAGAUAGAAGAGCACAGUCCCCAACUGCAACACCACCAACCUCUACAAAUCUUCUCCCAGCUGUAUCCCCACUAUGACUACUAUUGGCAACUAGAAAUGGACGGUCGAAACACCGGCCACAUCUACCACUUCCUAGACCGUGCCGUCUCAUUUGCCCGCGAACAGCCCCGAAAAUACCUCUGGGAACGCAACGCCUACUUCUACACCCCCGGCGCCCACGGCAGCUGGGGCGAGUUCACACAAAUGGUAGACGAAAGCCUAUCUGACAGAUCCAACCGCACAAUCUGGGGCCCCGUAUCCGGCACCGGGAUCAGACCACUGGGCCCAGACCCUCCAGUACCAUCCCCAGACCAAGAUAACUACACCUGGGGCAUAGGCGAAGAAGCAGACUUCAUAACGUUCCUCCCAAUCUUCAACCCGCACGACACACAGUGGACAUUCCCAGACAAGAUCUGGAACUUCAGACACGGACCGUGGACGCCGCGCCGCGCGGCGGUCAUCACAAUGGGUCGGUAUUCCAAGCGUCUGCUGGAUCUGAUCCACCAUGCGCAGGCGACGAAGGGCCUUGGUCUUGCGUCGGAGAUGACGGGUGCGUCGUGGGCUCUGUUCCAUGGUCUCAAGGCUGUGCAUGUUCCGCACCCUAUCUAUGCGGAUGGGCAAUGGACGCCGAGGGAACUGGCGCGGAUCUACAACCCUGGUCUGCCGGAGGAUAUUAAUGGGGGUCCUGAUAGUAUUUGGAAUUUUGAUCAUAUGUUUGAUCAUAUUAUGUACCGGUUGUCGUAUAUGUUUACGACGCAUAGCGGGGAGGAUUUGUACAGACGGUGGCUUGGGUACAGGACUGCGGAGCAUGAGGGUGGGAAAACGAUCUCUGAGGAUCGUUAUGGUCGACAUUGUUUCCCGUCUAUUUUUCUUCAUACGAUCAAGAACACGGCUCAGGAGAUGGGGCCAGACAGGGCUGUUCCUUGA